AAGAAUUCGAUCCUUACCGAACUUAAAGCCCGUUACGAACAUAAGAUGAAACGUUUAAUUCGAGAAAUUGGUGAACUUCGUCGAAAAUAUAAUGAAGCUACUCAAUCAAAUACCACAUCAAAGAAUCAAAAUGAAACAAUUCUCAAGAAUAUGCGUGUUCAAAUUGAACAACUAAGAGGUGAAAAGAUACGAAUGAUGAAGCGCAUGAAGGAUGAAGCCGAGCGUGUUCGUGAAACGACUGAACGUAAUCAACGUGAAAUUCAAAAUCUUCGUCGAAAUCUUUGUCGUAAAGAAAAAGCUGCUCAAGAACAAAAGAAACGUUACUCAAACGAACCACUACUCAUAAGUCAAUCACCAAGGCUUCCCGUAAUCACAAACG